AUGUGUAGGGGUUGUCCCCCUAUAAUUCUUGGCGGUCUUAUCCUAUCCUCGCAACGUCAGGGGAUUGCCUCCUCGGUUGCAGAGCCCUGGAUGUGUAGGGGUUGUCCCCCUAUCAUUCUUGGCGGUCUUAUCCUAUCCUCGCAACGUCAGGGGAUUGCCUCCUCGGUUGCAGAGCCCUGGAUGUGUAGGGGUUGUCCCCCUAUCAUUCUUGGCGGUCUUACCUUAUCCUAUCCUCGCAACGUCAGGGGAUUGUCUCCUCGGUUGCAGAGCCCUGGAUGUGUAGGGGUUGUCCCCCUAUCAUUCUUGGCGGUCUUACCUUAUCCUAUCCUCGCAACGUCAGGGGAUUGCCUCCUCGGUUGCAGAGCCCUGGAUGUGUAG